CCUUGAUGAGAAAAAAUAAUACCACUUCUUUUGGCAGAACUAUUGAUUUUAUGAGGAAGAUAUCGGAUUAUAGGUCAAGAUAUCAGCCACUAGAGUUGUAACUACAAAAGAAUGGGGGGUUAUAGAAACAAAUAUAUUGUGAUGAAGGAAAUGGGAUUACUAGUGCAAAAACUUAAAACAUAAGCAUCAAAGGGAUAGGCUCAUUGAGGGGAGCAAUUAAUUAGAAUACGGAAAGAAAUGAAACAAUGAAUUAAUCAUAAGUAAUGAAGAUUGAUCACGAGGGAUUAAUUAGUGAGAUCAUAUUUUUAUAGAACUAAAAAAGAAGAAAUGAAGAAAUAAACAAACUUGAUGAGAGCUAAAAAAAUGAAAUAGAAGAAUUCUGUAAAGAAAAUUCAAUAAAGGUAAUGAUUUGCAUAACUAUGUAUUCUGAACCUUUAUCAGAACUAUAAAAAUCUUUAUAGGGGAUACAAGAAAGUCUUCUAGAGUUUUAUGAAAACGAUAUAUUGCCACAUUAAAUUGUAGUAGUUGUGAUAUACGAUGGGAUUGAAAAUAUCAGAAAUUAAGCAGAUGAAAAUGAUAAUAACCAAGAAGGUGACAUUAUACGUAAGUAUCGUAUUUAUUUUUAGCCUACUUUUGCUAGUAUUUGGAUAAAUAAAACAAUAUAGAAGGAAAAUAAACUCUGGAAGAUCAAUAUUUGAGAUAUAAAUUCAAAAAAGAAUUAAUUUAAAAAUACUCUUUGGAAUAAAGAAAACUAUUUUAAGAGAAAUCGGAUUUAUUAAAAUUAGCUUAUCAAGAUAAAUAUUUAAGAAAUUAAAUUAAAAAAAAAUAAAAACAAGAAAAUGACCUUUAAACUAUUUUAGAAACUAUGGAGGAGUAGUAUAAAAAGGCGAAGGAAUAUAUUGAAUUAAGAUAAAAUAAUGCUUUGGUUUAUCAAACUGUUUAAAAAAUAAAGGUUCCAAAUAAAGAUGAAGAAUAGAUGCCUAUCUUUCAUGUUUUCAAAUUUGCUAAUGGAACAAAAUUGUCUUCACAUUUGUGGUUUUUUAAAGGGUUUUGCCAUGAAUUUUAGCCAGAAUAUUGUGUCUUGAUGGACUGCGGAGCAAGACCUUAAAAAGCGUCUGUUUAUAAUUUGAUAAAGGAACUAAUCAAUAAUGAUCAAGUAGGAGGUGCAUGUGGAAAAAUGACGAUUGAGUUAUCUAAAACAGGUAAUUAAAAGGAUGACUAUAUGGACAUGCUAACCGAACUGUUAAGUGUGAACAUUUUCAAUAUCGAAAGAUGUUAAAAAUGUGAAUACGAUAUUGGCAAUUUAUUGGAUAAGUAAUUUGAGUCAGCAUUGAACUUUAUUUAAGUUCUACCUGGAGCCUAUUCAGCCUAUAGGUACAAAGCUUUUUCGACUAAAUAUUAAAAGGACAAUUAAGCUUAAAUUGGUGAUUCCUAAUUACAAAUGAAUAAUGAAAUUAGUUAAAAUGAAAAUAUUCUUGACUUUUACCUAAAAUCUAAAUUAGAUCCUAAUUAUGAACAUGGCACCUUAGAAGAAGCAAAUAUGUUUUUAGCAGAGGAUCGUGUCUUAUGUUUAUACUUGUUUUGUAAUGGUUACUACUUGAAAUAUGUCAGGGAUGCUUUGGUUGAGGUUGAUCCUCCAUAAACCAUGAUUUAACUGUUAUUAUAAAGAAGAAGAUGGAUAAAUGGAUCAUUUUUUGCUUUGAAUUAUGUAAUAAAGAAAUUCGCACAGUUAUUGCCUAAUAGUGGUCAUUCUAGAAUUGAUAAGUCCUUAUUCAUAAUUUGUUUGGUAUUUGGCAGAAUUUCAUAAGGUAAGAAAAUAGUAGUAAAUUUUAGUUAUGCAAUAUUCCAUCCUCUCGCUUUAGAUGGUUUGGUUAUACAUGAUUCUAAAUACUUUAACAGAAACUUUAGAUAAAGUGAUUGCUUCAGCAAUUAAAUAGGCAGUUAUGGGGAGUUAUGGCUUCUUGAUUUUCUGUUUGAUCUACCUUUCAUUAAAUUAUAACGCAAGUAGUGUUAAUAUGAUUAGCAAGAAGGAUGAAAAAGAGGAAGAAAGACAUAAAAUCAAUUAAUACUUCUUCUCAAAAUUUUAUGGGAUAUCUACAAUAUUAGGGCUAUUGAGUAUUUUCAAUGCUGCAAUAACAAUUUAUUUGUUCAUUGUUGAAUUGAUAAUCAACCAAUCACCUUUUAACUUUAUUCAAAUUCCUUAGGAUCUGCCUUCCUAUGUUUAUUUUAUAGUUUUAGUCUCAAUAAUUAUAACAAUUUUACCCUUUUUUUUACAAAUAUGUAUUGAUCGGAAAUUGGUAAUCUAAAUAGCAAUAAAUUCAAUCCAUUACAUUUACUAUAUGCCAACUUAUUCUCAUUUAUUUAUCACAUACUCUUUCUGCAGAAUAGACGAUUUGACUUGGGGAACCAAAGGUUUAACAUAGGAACUAGAGAACAAAGAUUAAAAUAAUAGAGAAUCAAAUAAAAAGUACCAAAAGUCUAAGUUUUUAAUUAAAUGGAUUUUAUGGAAUGUUGGGGUAGUAUUAAUAUUCUACUUACUAUUUUCUUUCAAAAUUCAAAAUAUAAUAAUUAUAAUAGUAUUAGCAUUGGGGGUUACUUUUUGUAUAUUGUAAUUAGCAAAGUUUAUUGGUUACUUUAAAUUUUGGCUUAAUUAGAUAAAAUCAAAAUAUUAAUCCAAUUUUUAAGUGCAUAACUCUGAUUAAUAAUAAUUUGGGAGACGCAGCACUAAGAGAGAAAGAAGCAUAAAGCAAAAGGAAAAAUUAAGAGCAUUGUAUUAACCUUUUUCUUAAGAUGAAGGAUAAUCUUAGAUGCAUCAAUGA